AGGGCCAUAUGUGUUAUUUUCCGCUGGGCUGAGAUUCAAACCCCGCGCCCAAAAGCAGAGGAAAGAGAAGUGGAAUUGUGGAGGGAACCAAAACUUCAAACUCUUCUCAAUUCACUGGUGAGAAUUCGAGAUUUCGACUCAUCUCUUCACUUCCUCUCGAUGGAAUCCUCUGCAAUUACUCUCAUCAUGGUUAAAGGCCCUCGCGAGGGUGAAACCCUAGAUUUUCCACCCGGAACGACAAUUCGGAUCGGUCGCACUGUUCGGGGUAAUUCCGUUGCCAUCAAAGACGCUGGCAUCUCCACCAAGCACUUCUCUAUCGAAUCCGAGUCCGUAUCAGGCAAGUGGAUGCUUCGGGACCUCGAUUCUUCAAAUGGCACAUUCGUUAACGAUACCAAGCUUCCUCCACACGAUGCCUUCGAUUUAAGCGACGGCGACAUCAUUAAAUGCGGCGAGUUGACUUCGAUUUUGGUUAGAAUAAACAGUAAUGAAGAGUGUCCGUCGAGGCGAAACCCUAGACGGAAAGCUGCGGACAAGUGUACAAGUUCCGAUGCCGUGGUAUCAGUUGCAGGGACUCGGGGUCGAAGAGGAAAGGUUGUGGAAGAGGUAGUUGGGGGAUGUAAUGACACGAUGAUAGAGAGUGGAAGAUGUUUAAGGUCCAGAAAGGGCAGGGGUGUGAAAGGUGAAAUUGCUAAUCAAGUACCAGAUUGCAAGAAGAUUGAGGACAAUUUAGAUGUGGGAAGAGGGUCAGAGAAUGUGAACAAUGUGGUAAACGAACCCGGCCCAAAAAUUACUGCAAGAAGUACCAGGAGAACGAAGAACACUGUGUGUGUGGCCACAGAUUCAGUUCUUGGGAAUGUCCCCGAAAAUUCAUGUGUGGGUGAUGAAGUAAAGGCUGGGGCAAAGAAGACGAGAGCGGGAACUAGGGGAAGAAAGAAAUUGCAAAAUGAGCCACCACCGGAUUGUAAUACAGUUAUCAAACUGGAACAUAGUGAAAACGUCGAGCAGAAGAGCUUAGGAGAAAAUAAACUGGUUGACGAUGGAGAAGGUGAGAAGAAUGCUAAUGUUGAAGAAAGAGGUAGUGGGUCUAGCCCUCAAGAGGUUUGUGAUCGAGAUGAAAACCAAGAUGUGUGUAUUAUUUCAGAAGGUUGCGAAGAGGUUGCUGAUGGGAUAGCUUCACAUGAUGAGGGCUUUCUUUGUAAGGCCGAGAAGGUGCCAGAUUUGAAGAAGAUGACACUUGGGGAGUGGUUUGAUUAUUUGGAGACCCAUUUGCCUAGACAAAUUAUUGAUGCAACUGAAGAGAUAAUUUCUGGUAUGAGAAUUAAAUCUAAACAAGUACGGGAGUAUGUUGCUCAGCAGAAGAUUGAGAAUUGCCAGGGAGGUUAGUGGAAGGAAAACACUGGCGUACGAGGUAACCCUUUUGCUACCUUAUUUGAUUUAAAAUUGUGUACAGAUCCUUGUUUGUUCAACACACCUUUCUGAUCUUUUAAUAUAUCAUUCAUGAUGUCCCGCGUUUACUUUCACUUGUCAGUCAAUCUAUAUGACAUAAGACUCUGUGUGACUUUAGCAUAUUGCUUUAGUUGGAUUAGGGAAUGUAACCUGAGUGAUUAUUUUUUUUUUUAAACGGACGAAAGUUUUCCUUCAUGGGAAUGAUGCAAAGGCACGGUGAUUUCAUCGCUUUGAAACUCUCCAUGCAGCCACAACAAGCAGUCUAAUUUAUGUAGAAACUACGAAGAAGCUUGGGCUUGUGUAUUAGAUGUUUGUUCAUUAAUCUGAAAAUGAUUUGGUGGUUUGAUUUCUCUCCCUGAAAGAUAAUUUGGUCCCCUGUUCAUAUAAACCACACUAUGAUGAAUGAUUUCUGUGUGUCCUUUUCCUUUGUAUGAUAUCUAGUUUAUAUUAAUCUAUAUUUUGGUGCUUCUGAUCUAAAGAAAAAAAUUAGAAAAAUAUUGAUAAUUUUGUCCAAAAUGAACUCAUAUAAGACUCGAGAACAAUGAAAAAGUCUCAAGAAUAUAUUUCAGACUCUUUGUUGAUUAGGGAAUGUUACAAAUCCAUUUUCCUAAUUCAAUUCAAAAAAUCGAUAAACCAUGUCCAACCUUGACCACCUAGCUUUAUCAACUAUCAGCUUCCUCAGCUUGUUUUUUCUCUCUUCCACAAAACGUUGGCUUAUGCCAUGGGCCUGAUUUCAAACUAAAUGUCAAGCUAAAUUUUUUGCCUUUCUCGCGCGACACUAAGAGGUGCUCUAGGCUUCUGCCCAUGUGCAUGGGUUCUGGGACUAGUUUGCAGAACAUCCCUUAGUCAACCUUUCUCACCAUAAUGUGGUUCGCUAGUGUGUGAUUAACCACUCUCCUCUACUCUCCUCUACUCUCCCAGGCCUCUCGUUGGACAUGACUCACAACGAUCUCUCGAAAGGCUCACACAACUAUUGUUGGACACAUAAGCAAACACAAACACACAAGUAACAAGGCCACAAAAGCCAACCUUUACAGGGAGCUCUUUCCCAAUCCCUAUAUACAAAUCUCCUAUACAUGAAUAGUGUUACAAUGCAUGUCACUCUUACAUGCACUCCCCAAGGCACCAACCCUAGGUAACAAGCCUAACACGGCCUCACACUAAACUUGGCUAAGCCUGUUGAUGACUUCACUCCAAUAACCAAUUGAAGUCCCUCAUCAAGGUAACCCUCAAUGAACCUCACACUUCCCAUAGGAACUUGACUACACAUCCCCUAGCUUAAGCCCUCUUUAUAUAGGAAACUCUCGACGAUGGAAUCCCUUAACUACAUGUUGACUAGGAUGACUCUCUUGAAUCACCAAUUGACCCAAAAGCUUAAGUUGAUGGGUGAAAGUAAAUUUAAUGUUAUAUCAUCUAACACUCCCCCUCGUGGCUUGAAAUAUGUAGAAGGCCCGACAAGUGGAAAUCAAUGUUAAUUAGGGAGGAAAGAACAUUGCAGAGAUUUUAACAUAUGACCUUCUACCCUGAUAUCAUUUUAAAUCAUUGGUUGACCCAGAAGCUUAAGUUGAUGGCUGAAGGCAAAUUUAAUGUCAUAACAUCUAAUAGAGUGUGAUGGAAGUGUGUGUUGGGAUCUCUCCUAUCCUUCCAUGUCCAUCUUCCACCACCUUGAAGUCCUUUUGGCUCUUUAUAUAGGCUUCAUCUCCUAACCAGUGUUUUGAAAGGUGCGGCUGGGCGUGCGCCUAGGUGCAAGGCGUAGUAGUGGCGCCUCGCCUUUUCGGUAGAAGGCGUGUGCCUUCCACGAAGUGCUGAGGCGCGCCUAUCAGUUUUUUGUUUUUUGUUUUUGUUUUUUUGUUUUUUAUUUUGCUUUUAAAAUUAAACAAUGCAAAUUUAUUUGCAUUUUAAUACACACACACACAUAUAAUUUUUUAGACCUAGUUUGGCAUCAUUAUACUACGUAUGAGUCCUAUGAUGGCUACAACAACAAAUCAACGUCUUAUUGGAAUUGGACGGCUUGCUUCUUCACGGUUUGUACGUCUUUUCUUCUUCUUCCUUCUUCAGCGAAUCAACUUCUUCUUCUUCACUAAAACACAAAACCAUCUUCUCCUCCCCUAAAAAAUACAGAGAACGUCUCUUCACCUUUCUUCUUCUUCAAACAAUAUUCAAAACGUCUCCUUCUUGAAUCAUUAUUCAUUCACAAUUUCUUCAAAAAAAAAAAAAAAAAAA